AUGGAUUCAACCACGCCCUACGUCCCCACACCAGUUCUCACACUGAUUCCUCUACUCUCCCCUUAUACCCCCUCCUCUAUGGAAUCAAGUACCUCUUCAGUAUGGACACACCCAUUCUUCAAAUUUUUCCACAUCAUCUUUUGGGUUCCACCACUCCUCCAACUUACCUCACCUCAACUACCACCACUGAGGAAUCCAGCUCCUCUACUGACUCAAGUUCUUCCACAGGCUCAGAAACCUCUUCAACAUACACUAACCCUUCUUCAGCUCUUCCACAGACUCUCCAACUUACUCCAGCUCCUCUAUGGAAUCAACUACUCUUCAAGUACGGACACAACCCCUUCUUCAAGCUUUUCCACAUCAUCCUUGGAUUCCACCACUUCUCCAACUGACAUCACCUCAACUACCACCACUGAGGACUCCAGCUCGUCUACUUACUCAAGCUCUUCCGUGGGCUUAGAAACCUCUUCAACUUACACCAGCUCUUCUUCAGGCUACUCCUCGUCCAGCUCCUCUUUGGAGCCCACCAUUUCUUCUACUUUCCCAAGCUCCUCUAUGGAUUCAACCACGUCCCCCUUCCAAUCGACCACUUCUCCAACUGAUUCCUCUGUGGAUUCGACUACCUCACCUAGCUCCAGCACCAUUGAGGAAGGAUCCACUUCCACUGAUUCAUCCGGUGGAAUGGAAGAUGAUGACAUAUAUAUAGUCGUGGUUGUGAUAAUUGUUGAUUAG